AUGGUGUGGGAAGUCCCGGAAGCGUAGCCGGGACUGUUGGCGAUGAUGGCGGAGAGUCCGGUUGCUGAAGAGGUAGUAGCUUCGGCCGCGGUACUGGCGGCCCCGACAGGCGGAGGACCGGGAGCCGGAGCUGGUGGCGGAGGCACGGGCGUCUUCCUACCAGCAGAGCUCUGGGCGGUAGCGGGGUUGGGUUCGGCAGGAGGAGGAGGAGGAGGAGGGUCUGGAACGGGAUCUGGAGUCGGUUCUGCAGGAGCCCCAGUGCCUGGGAUUCCCCCUGCCGCCGCCGCCGCCGCCGCCGCUGCCGGAGUGCUCCUUUCGCAUUCGGCCUUUUGGGACCCCACGACUAGUGGUGAUUGGGACGGAGAGAGACCGAGCGCUGCCUGCCUGCUCCGUAUCAAACGGGAUAUCAUGUCAAUUUAUAAGGAACCACCUCCUGGAAUGUUUGUCGUACCUGACCCGCAUGAUAUGACCAAGAUUCAUGCGUUGAUCACAGGCCCCUUUGACACGCCUUACGAAGGGGGUUUCUUCUUGUUCCUGUUUCGCUGUCCUCCAGAUUAUCCUAUCCAUCCGCCGCGGGUCAAACUGAUGACAACUGGGAAUAAUACAGUGAGGUUUAACCCUAACUUCUACCGAAAUGGGAAGGUCUGCCUCAGUAUUCUAGGCACAUGGACUGGUCCAGCCUGGAGUCCCGCACAAAGCAUUUCUUCGGUACUUAUAUCUAUACAAUCUUUAAUGACCGAGAAUCCCUAUCACAACGAACCUGGCUUUGAACAGGAAAGGCAUCCAGGAGACAGUAAAAAUUACAAUGAGUGCAUUCGACAUGAAACUAUUCGCAUUGCUGUAUGUGACAUGCUGGAAGGGAAAUGCCCUUGUCCAGAACCUUUACGUAGAGGAGUUAUGGAGAAGUCCUUCAUGGAAUAUUACGAUUUUUAUGAGGGGAUAUGCAAAGAGAGGCUUCGCCUCCAAGGACAGUCCAUGCAGGACCCCUUUGGAGAGAAGCGAGGACACUUUGACUACCAGUCCCUUUUAGUACGUUUGCAAGCAAUCCGCCUGAAGGUUCAGGAGAAGCACCAGCAGGAGAAUCCAGAGAUAGACUCAGAAAGCAGCUCUUCCGAAACAGAAACAGACACUCAGGGGAGCAUUAAGAUUUAGAUGCCUCCUACCCGAUUACUUGGGAAUCCAAAACGUGAGGGUGGGAUCUUCCAACUCCAGGUGCUGUGGAGGACCCCAGAGAGACCUAAGAACUGUUUAGGUUCCAGAGUGAGCACACAAGUGGAAAAACAGCCUUUUGUUACCUCCCUCAAGGGCUCUGGUACAUCCUGUUAAAAGAGCUAACUGGGCUUGGGAGAGGCUGCAUUUUAGAAAUGACCCUUCCCUCUGCUGGACACCUCUGAGUGAAUGACACGCCAAAAAAAAAAAAAAAAGCAUUUUGGAAAAACCUGUAGGCAGGUUUAUGUCUCCCUUUCCACCAAGUCUCGAAAGAGCAUGAGAUAAAGCAUGGCUCCUUGUUCCAUUGUCCUUGUUUCAUAAAUGUACUGCAUAUUCCUAGCACUUCCCUCCCAGCUUGUUUCUACAUUUUGAUGGGCUCCCAGUAAUUGAGUCUGGUAAAGCACUUUUUGACUAUUUGUACAUCACAUCUUAUUUCUUUAAAUUUGGUGCACUGUAGCUUACCAGUUGGUUUGAUGUUGCCUGUCUUAAAGACAGACCAAAGAGGAAGAAUUUCUGCUGAAACUAGGUUUCAUGUUUUCUUUCAUUUGAAUUUUUCACAGCUUUAUUAAAUUCCCAUUUUCCUGACUUUCAUCCAAAGUCCCAGCAGGAAGAGUAAAACGCAACCCAGGAAAAGAAUUAAAAUUUAUGUUUAAACCUAUUGUGCAUGUCAAUCUUCAGCUUUCCAAAGCAAACUUUACUUUACCUCAUUUUACUGACCAUUUUUGGUGGCACUAAAGGAGAAAAAAAAUGCUCUCCUUUGGUAAGAUGGACAUAAUUUUGGAGAUGAGUAUUGUAUGGGAGAAGUAAUGAUUGCAGAACUGAAGUACAAAUAAAUGCAUCAGCACCAACAAAUUAGCAUGUUUAUCUGAAGUAGCUUUAGCUUCCAUGCUUUAUUUUUGGGAGGCAGGGAGAACAUAACUAGGAGCUUCGUGACAGAGAAAUAAGAAAUGCCUCUUAGACUGUUAAGCCUAGGGAAUACAUUGUUGGAAGUAUCCAGUCAAAGGAUCAGGUCUUAUUUUAAUAAGAGUUUAUUGAACCUGAAAUAUGGAGUCACCGUAGUGGAUGAGUUUCUAUAAAAUCUAUCCUAACUCCAUUCUUCCAGAUUGCAUCUAUGAUACAAAAAAAGACUCCAGAUUUCUGGUGGGGGGGGGGGGGAAUUAAUGUAGGAAUUUUAACUCUUUCUAGAGAAGAUCCAGAAGACUUAGCACUUUUAGAACUGGCUCUAAGCCUUUAGAAAAUUGAGGGAAUUGAUGUUGAUUACUGACGCACAUGUGAUCUGAAGCAGGAGCCAUUCUAUAGGAAAGACUAUAUUCAGCCAUCAGCCUAGUAAUAUAUAGGAUUCCAUGCUUGCACCUGCCAUCCAUCUCACCUCGCCCUUUAAACAUCCUGUACGUUCAUAGGCAGUAUCCUUCCAGCUGUUCUUGUCCUUUUUUGGGGAUAUAAGAGGGCAUUUUGCAGCUCAAAAUACCCUGUAGCUUUGGGUGGAAAAACUGAUUUCACCUAAGAAUCUCUCCCCAAAAGGAGUCUGUCCAAGGGAUAUAAAUAACUGGUAGUAUCUGAAAAAAACAACCAUUGCAAUACAAGUUUACGUGUAGAUGCCUUGUAAAAGGGAAGGUCUUGAGACAAAUUUUUUAUCAUGUUCAUUUUAAUCUCUUUAGAUACAAUCCAACAAAAGUCAGAUUUACUUAUCUUUCUCACUUCCUUCAAAAUUAAAGGAAUCAGGGAGACUUAGGCCUUACGCACUUUGUGCCAACUGAAUAAAUUUGGGUUUCGCCAUGUUAUUCACUAGGGCUAGAAGUGCUUCUGGAUUAGAGUACUAUGAUUUCAAGGCAUCUUAACUCCAGAUGCAUGUUGGCUGUUGAAGUAUUGCAUACAUUUCUUUAAAACAAAACAUGGAAAAUGCCUUAUGUGAUUUUUUUUUUUCAUAUGGCUCGCAUGUGGGUGUAAGAAAGGAAUCUGAUUUUGUAGCUGCCCAUAAUCUGUCUUCUGAACGUUUCCAUUUUAAAAAGUGACAAUCCUAGAUGACUGAUCUAGACAAAUGUUAGUGACAUAAUUUUAGACCUAACAAGCUUAAGG